CACGGAUCGCACAUCAGCAGAUGACAACAACAAAACAGUCAGAGCUUGUUAGCGUAGUUAGCUACUUGAGAAAAACAACUGGUAGUCUAGCUUGUGUGUUACACCGUCUUGGCUGGUGUAAACCAACUCAGAAAUAUGUUCUAUAGCAACAUGGUCAUUGUGUACAACUAAUUAUUGUUGUCAGCUUUUCUAGUCUUAUUUAGUCCGGUUGACGUUAGCUAAGUGGCUUGGGAAGCUAGCUCUAUGUAUGCAAAGCUAAAUAAGGUUAGCUAGCUAGCUGAGUUGCUAGCUUGUUUGCUAGCUAGCUCUCCUUUGCGAGGUGGAGACCAAGAACGGGGAGAUGCGAUCAAAGUGGGGGUGGCCUUGAGUGACCUAAUGAGCAAGAGAGGCAAAUGAGAAGAAGUCUGGCUGAUCCAACAUGAAGUUGUAUGUGUUCCAGGUCAACAAUGGCAGCACAUUGACGUUUAAUACAGAUCUUGCUGUCCAAACUGUACUAGAGCUGAAACAUGCCAUCCAAACCAAAUAUAAGAUUGCAGUACAACAUCAAGUCCUUGUUGUCAGUGGUGGGGAAUGUAUGUUUGCAGAGAGACGAGUCUGCAGCUACAGUGCAGGCACUGAAACCAACCCCAUAUUCCUGUUUAACAAAGAGAUGAUCUUGUGUGACCGGGAUCCAACGAUCCCCAAAACCACCCUCUCGAUUGAGAGUGAGAUUCAGGUCAAGGUGGAGGAGUCUCUAAUGAUGCCAGCUGUUUUUCACACCGUUGCCUCACGAACACAACUUGCUCUGGAAAUGUUUGAAGUUGCCAAAAAACUUUGCUCUUUCUGUGAACGUUUGGUUCAUGAUGAACACCUUCAACACCAAGGCUGGGCUGCCAUUAUGGCUAAUCUGGACGACUGCUCUCUGUCUUAUCGGAAGUUGCUUAGGAAAUUUGACACUUCAUACACAAAUUAUCAACAUGACUUGGAAGAAAUUAAGCUGAAACUUACAAAGUUAGGGACAGCAGUUUCUGUAAUGGCAAGGAUACCUUUGCUGGAAAGUUUGACAAGACAAAGUUAUAGAGCGAGCAUAGAGAAGUCCAGUUCAACCACAGAAAAGGAUUCAAAUGAGACGGCAGAAGAAAAGUCCACUGAUUCCGUGCUUCGCACCACUGAGGCAAAGACAAAGUCAUCUACGUCCUGCUCUGCUUCAGGGGCGGCCACGUGUGAACGUGGUGACCAGGAAACAGACGAAAUGACUGGCAGUGGUGAGCUGAGAGCUGCCCUACUGGAUGAUGACUCUCCAGAUUUUGCUAACCCAUCCUCCUUCAAUGUCACACUACUAGACUGGAUCAAUGUUCAAGACAGACCCAACGAUGUGGAGUCGGUUGUUAGGAAAUGCUUAGAUUCCAUCAGUCGGCUUGACCCACGGAUCAUUCAACCCUUCCUGGCAGAUUGCAGCGAAACAAUUGCCAAGCUGGAUAAUCAAAACAUGAAGUCCAUCAAGGGGCUUGAGGACAGGUUAUACGCUCUAGACCAAAUGAUUGAAAUCUGUAACAAGUUGGUGAAUGAACAAAAAGAGCUUGCUCAGGGAUUUUUGGCCAAUCAGAAGCGGGCUGAAAACCUGAAGGAUACAUCUGUUCUGCCUGACUUGUGUCUGAGUCACACCAACCAGCUGAUGAUCAUGUUGAACAACCACAGGAAGCUGCUAGAAAUCAAAAAGAAGUGCACUACUGCCAAACAAGAACUUGCAAACAACCUUCAAGUCAGACUCAAAUGGUGCUGCUACGUGAUGCUUCACGCAGACCAGGACAGUGAGAAACUUCUGGCUCUACUCAAACUUCUGAUGGAGCUGAAGGAAAGAGUUAAAGUCGUCGAGGCCCUCAGUACUGCGCCCCAGAUGUACUGCUUGGCGGUGGUGGAAGUCGUCAGGAGGAAAAUGUUUAUGCACCACUACAAAGAGUGGGCUUAUGCGCUUGUGAAGGAUGGGGAACAGCUAUACGAGGCAGAAAAACUGAAAAGGAAAUCUUUUGGGAAACUCUUUAGGAAAUCUUUCCUCAAAAAUAGUUUAUUUCGAGGACUUGAAUCGUGGCCUUCAUCGUCAUUCUGCACACAAAGGCCCAGAGGGUUUGAUGAUGAACUUCCAGACAUCUCCCUUGAGGAUCUGCAGUACUUGAAAUCUUGUUGUCCUUUAGAGGUCCAGCCUUUCCUCAUGAUUCCUACAAUGUGUGACUUUGAACCCUUAAAUCGUCACGUAAACUCCCUUCACCAGCUGGUCCAAGCAGCACAGAGUGUGGAUGAGAUGUCCCAAACUAUAACCAACUUGUUAAGUGAACAAAGGGCAUCCUGUUGUCAGAGCACCCCACAGUCUGAAAGUAUACCAGGGAGCCUGGUGUCCUCCAAAACUCCUGCCUCCCUUAGCCUUCAUGGACCCAGCUGCCAACCUCUUCAUGUCCCAGUCCCAGCUCCUCUAGAGGACUUGUCCCCAGACAGCAUCGAUGCACAAACAUUUGAUUUUGAAACCAUUGGUCAUCCAAACAUGGAUCCAGUCCUGCAACAGGGCUCCCUUGACCUGGAUUCUCUAGCAGAGAGCCCUGAAUCUGACUUCAUGUCAGCUGUCAAUGAGUUUGUGAUUGAAGAGAACCUGACCUCCCCGAACCCUAUCAGUGACCCCACUAGCCCUGAUAUGAUGGUAGAGUCACUGUACUCUUCAGUGAUCAAUGCUAUCGACCAUAAGCGCAUGCAGGACACCACAACACUAGAGAGGGAGAAUUUAAGGAUCACUGUCCUUAAACAAGUCAUUGAUAAGUACCAGUCCGCUGUAGAGGAGUCACAAUCCAACUUGAAGAGUGUGAAGGAUGACCUCCAUCACUUACGAGGUCUUGCGUUAAAAGAGCAGCAUGACUUUUGCUUCGUCCUGAAGUAUACGACCACACAGGUGUGCAAAAUUGUGGACAACUUCUGCCACACUCAUGAACUUAAGUUUAAGGAGCAGCAUCAAAGUGAGCUUCUCUCUGUUCGGCAAGACCUGGAGAAGCAGAUUGAAACACUAACGAAGGAAAACCAAGUGAAUCAGAAUAUUGUUAGAGAUGUCCAGCGUGCAAUGCUUGAUUUAGAGGGGCUCAUGGAGCGCAAAGAAAAAGAACUCACUCAGCUUGAGAAUGAGAAAGAGCGAUGGCUUGAAAUGGAGAGCAACCUCACAGAUCGGAUCACAAAUCUGGAGCAGGUGAUCAGUGAUCAAGCUGAAGAGAUCAAAGUGGUCUCAGCUGCUAGAGACUCCCUGACCAGUCAGAUUGAGAAUCUGCACUUUGAGAUUGAACGUAGCCAGCAGAGGAUUCGACAGGAGAUGGAAGAAGUUAUGCAAUCUAACUUAAAGGAGCUGGAAGUCAAAAUGGAGCAGGAACACAAGGAAGAACUGGAGACUCUUACCGGGAACAAUCAGGAGGCUUUGGAACAUCUGGCUGCUGAAAAUAGUGCAAAGUUAAGUGAGGCUGCAGAUCACCAUGCCACUGUUCUCGGAGAGAAGGACAACCAAAUCAAGGACUUGGAAGCACGCGUUACAGAGCUUGCAGAACUCCGCUGCAAAGUGGAAGUGGAGCUUGCCUUCAGAGAGUCGGAGACGGAAGCAGUGAGGCUCUUAUUUGAGGAGGCCAAGAUUCAGCAGUCUGAGGCUGUGAAGUCUCAGGUAGAAGCUGAGACCAAAGCCCUUAGCCUCGAGUUAGAAAAUGUAAAACAACAGCUUCAGGCUAAAAAUGAGGAGUAUGAAGUUGACCUAGCAGAACUGAGGACUCUCAUGAGGAUUGAGAAGGACCACUGCAUCUCAGAACUGGUGGACAGACACGAGGAAGAAACAGUUUUGUUGCGCAAUGAGAUCUUCUCUAUGCAGCAGCAAGCCCAGGACACAGAGAGGAACCAUGCUGAGCUGCAAGAGCAACUUAAACAGGCUGUAGACCUGCAGCUUGCUCUAAAAGAAGAAAAAGACAAGGAGUUGAGGAGUUUCCAAGAACUGGAGCAAGAGCUGAGGACUGUCAUCAACAAAGUACAGGCAGAAAAUGACCUGCUCUCGAAAAAAGUAGAACAGGACAGAGAAGCAAGAGAGAAAGAUGAAGAAAAACAGUCAGCCAAGGUUCCGCCACCAGAUGCCUUUAAAGAGUUGGAGCAGCAGAAAGAGGAGAUGGAAAAGCGACUGUUAGAGAAAAUUCAACAACUUGAGACUGAGCUUCAUGAGCUCCAGUCCUCCAAAAGUGACGAAGGCCUGCCCCUGCACGACGAGGGACAUACAGAUAGCGCGGCACCUCUGUCUCUGGACUCAGCGCUGGAGGAGCGGCUACAGCAGGAGAGGGCCUCCCUGCAGUCCCAGAUGGAGCUCCUGGAGAAGAAGAAGAAUGAGGAAAUGCAGAACCUCAAGACAUCGCUGAUUGCCGAGCAGCAGACUAACUUUAACACCGUUCUAACCCGAGAGAAGCUGAAGAAGGAGCAGAUCAUCAAUGAUAUUACUGAAAAGUUGCAGAAAGUUACUCAACAGCAGGAAAAGGACAAAGCUCUGAUAGAGAGUCUGUCUGAGGACCGGGCGAGUGUCAUGCAGGAGAAGAAAUACUUGGAAGAAGAGCUUAAUCGUCUGCGCAGCACAGCGCUGGUCUCCUCUGCCUUCUUCUCUCCCCACCUGUCAGCUCUGGAGAUCACAGAGGCUGGAGGAGCCACAGCCAGAGCUCUGCCUGUUGCUGGGGCUUGUUCCUCUGAGUCCACGGGUGACAGCGACAGACUGGCUUCUGUAGCAACCAUUCAAGAUGACGAACAUGUUGAUUCAGCAGUGGAGGCCAGCAUGGUGACUGUCCACGACAACAUCCUAAUGUCAGAGGAGAAGCAGCGGAUUCUGCUGCUUGAGAGGACUUUACAUAUGAAGGAAGAAGAAAACAAACGCCUCAGUCAGAGACUGAUGUCUCAAAGCAUGUCGUCUGUGUCGUCACGGCAUUCAGACAAAAUAGCCAUCAGAGACUUCCAGGUAGGCGAUUUGGUUCUGAUCAUCCUGGAUGAAAGGCACGAUAACUAUGUGCUGUUCACGGUCGGUCCCACUCUCUACUUCCUCCACUCAGAGUCUCUCACCGCCCUGGACCUCAAACCAGCAUCAGGGGCUUCAAGACGGCCGUGGGUACUUGGGAAAGUGAUGGAGAAGGAAUAUUGCCAGGCAAAAAAGGCCCAGAACAGGUUCAAGGUUCCUUUAGGAACCAAGUUCUACAGAGUGAAAGCUGUUCCGUGGAACAGAAAAGUAUAGUAGCUAAGUAAUGAGCUAAAAUGUAUAUUUAUAUUGCAUAAUUUUUCUGAUCAGAAACAUGUCAUCAUAUAAUUCAUAACUUGAAUUGAAAUAUGGAGCGAAUCAAGAUUGUCAUCAUACGGCUUUGGUUUUCAGUUCAGAAUCCCACCUGCUACCACUUUUCUUUUCUUAGUUUUGCUUUUCUUCGAAACCCAGAUUUAUUAUUGUGGACCAAAUGCUAUCAACCUUAUUAGGGCAUCGCCCUAUCAACACUGUGGCUCUGUGCCAUCUGACCUGUGUGUAAAAUUGAACAAGAUUUGGAUGUUAAAUAUUAGUUCUCAUUUUCAGCAUUUGUCCUUUUGUGGAAAAUACUGUCAUUAUCAACACAAUUAAGAUAAAAAAAAAUCCAUUUAUUAUAAAUGUUUAUGGAGGAAUGUUCAUGGCAUGCAUAUUGAUAUAUUUUCUUUGAUUUACUUAUCCAGAUAAAUGUCGUAGUUGGAAAUAUAGUUAACGCUGUUUGUUACUCACGAAGGAGUAUGGCCCUCCGUCAAUACUGAGAUGUAAAUUAUGGCCGACUGAUAAUACGGUCGCCUUUGCAAUCCUUGAAAUGCACUUUCAAAAACCAUGCUUUUGUUGAACUGAAAAAGGGAAGUCAUUGAGCUGUUAGAACCAAGUAAAUAUAUCAGCCCAAGCACUUCUCACUAUCGUAAAAUAUUGAUAUGUAGAAAGGAAUACUUUGUGACUGUGUUUCAUUAUCAGAAGACAUUGUACAUUACCCAUUGAAUCACACAUGUAACAAUAAAUGACUGUAUUGUAAAAGAUAAAGUUUUGAAACAAUAAAGGAUUGAUCCCAAACAUA